CCUUUGGAAGACAGUUGGCCGCCAGAUUGUAACAGAUCAGUGGUUCUGUCACGACAACAACCAAGAGCAUCUAUUUCCAGUCCAGGAUUUCCACGACAAUACCCGGAUAAUGCCGAUUGCGAUACGGAUAUAACAGCGCCAACUGGAUACAGGAUAGUCCUGGAUUUCGAGGAAUUAGUUUUGGAAAACGAACCUUCAGUGAUGGCUGGGAAUAUCUUACAGCAAUUGGAGCUAAUGGACCAGAAUGCCUUAUUUGAUUUUAUAGAGGAGCUUCCUAGUGACAAUGACAGUGAACAAGGCGAUAUUAGCGAAGAUGAAAUAGCAGAGAAUGACAUUUUGACAAGGAAUCAUUCUAGAGUAAGGGAUUCCGAAGUGGUUGAAAUGUUUGACAUAGAAUCUAUGCCAAUAGUUUUUGAUGAGUCAUCAUGAUGACCAAUUAGACAAUGAUGUUAUUGUUGAUGCUAGCAGGGGUACUUUAGAUGCAUGGAAUAGCAAAGAUGAGAUUCCGCUUUCGACAAUACGAGCCUGAG